AUGAAUAUGAUUCAACUAAAGACUCCUCGUAAAAUUCCAGGACGUCCAUCGAUUCAAUUAUCUGAAGAAGCUGAUGAUGAGAUUCGAGUCCAGUUUCAUCUGUUGCUGGCUGAAAAGAUCUAUCCUACUAUUGCUAUUCUUCUUGAACGUCUUCUCUCAGCUCACAAAGAUUUUCCAGUUCGCUCAGAAACCACUCUUCGGCAACAUAUACAUCGAUUAGGCUUUACCUAUCAAAUGACAAGCAAAAUCGACGAAGUUGCACAAGAAUUCGACGUACAAAUCGUGCGGCACCCAGUGCGACAUUGUUCAUUAAAUCCCAUUGAGCUCGCCUGGGCUGCAUUAAAAGAUUAUAUUCGCAAAAACAAUACCAACUUUACAAUGAGCAGCGUUUAUGAAUUAGCCGCCGAAUUUAUCGCUGGUUUUGAUGAUAAGGCUGCACAAGAUGCCAUUCGUCAUGCUGAAAAACUUGAAGUGACGUACAAAACAGCAGAUAAUUUUGUAGAAAAUAUUGUUGAACCACAAUCAAUCGACGACGUAUCGGACACCGAGAUUGAUAAUCUUUCCGAUGAUAGCGAUGAUAGCACGGAUAUUUGA